ACAGUGUAUACAUGCGUGGCAACUACAACACCUAAAUUUCCAAAAAAGGGUCCAAAAAUUAAGCAACAAGUUUUGAUUCUCUCUCGUAUAACUUUCCCCCAAACAAUUAAUUCAGCACACAGAAAAAGAGAGAUCGGCGAUGGCGGCGAAGGAGCAUCUCGGCCUCAGUGGAGAAGACUACAAUGUCGACCUUUUGCCAAACAACGACGACGAUUCGCCGCCUUCUUCAUGGCGUCUCAGCCUCGACACAUUUCGCCUCCCUUCUUCUUCUCCGUUGUCCUCUGGCCGCCACAACGGCCGUACUCGCUUGUCUCGUUAUCUCCGGACUCCGAAUAAGGAACGUAAAGUCUCUGAGUAUUACAAGAACCAAGAGAAGCUCCUGGAGGGUUUCAAUGAGAUGGAGACAAUUAACGAAACUGGUUUUGUCCCUGGAGCUCCAACUGAGGAAGAACUGAAGAAGCUUGCCAAGAGUGAGAGGCUCGCUGUUCACAUCUCAAACGCAGCAAACCUUGUGCUUUUUGUAGCUAAAGUUUAUGCUUCUGUGGAGAGUAGAUCUAUGGCUGUGAUUGCUUCCACUUUGGACUCUCUCUUAGACCUCUUGUCUGGAUUUAUUCUAUGGUUUACUGCAAAUGCCAUGAGAACACCAAACAAUUUUCGCUAUCCAAUUGGAAAACGGCGCAUGCAACCUGUGGGGAUUAUUGUGUUUGCAUCUGUGAUGGCAACUCUUGGACUACAAGUGAUACUAGAGUCAACCAGGCUACUCGUUUCCAAGAACGGUUCUCAUAUGAGUAGCACCGAGGAAAAAUGGAUGAUUGGAAUAAUGGCUUCGGCUACAGUCGUCAAGUUUCUACUCAUGCUUUACUGCAGGAGUUUCCAGAACGAAAUUGUCAGGGCCUAUGCACAAGAUCACCUAUUUGAUGUUAUCACCAAUUCAGUCGGUUUAGCAACAGCCGUAUUAGCUGUAAAGUUCUACUGGUGGAUUGAUCCCUCUGGCGCUAUAGUAAUUGCUCUGUACACAAUCAGCACAUGGGCAAGAACGGUUUUAGAGAAUGUCCACUCACUGAUAGGACGCUCAGCGCCACCGGAUUUCCUGGCGAAACUAACGUUCUUGAUAUGGAACCAUCACGAGAAGAUAAAACACAUAGACACAGUGAGAGCUUACACGUUUGGGUCACACUACUUUGUGGAAGUUGACAUUGUUUUGCCAGAGGACAUGAGGCUACACGAAGCUCACAACAUAGGAGAGACUCUUCAGGAGAAGCUGGAACAACUCGCUGAGGUUGAGAGAGCUUUUGUCCAUAUUGACUUUGAGUUUACUCAUCGCCCAGAACACAAGUGCAAGGUUUGAUUUAGUAGAUCUAGAGAGGAAUAAGCAGGUCAAAAAUCAAGUAGUACAAAUGGAAGAAGAUAAGUAAAUCGCACAUGGAAAUUAAAAUUAGACAGUUAAGGCCUAAGGUUAUGUGUACUUUAAAUAAUUUGGGCCCAAUGAAGAAUGCAUGUUAUGAAUUAUAGGUCAAUUUUUAGGCAGAAAUAAGUCGGCUUUGAAAAUAUGAGAGGCCCAUUAGGAGAUUUUAAUCAGCAAAAGACGGUCUUUAGGGUUUCGUGUAACCUAGAGUCAUCGCUAUAUAAGCCGCCUUUUCCACGGAAUGUUCAUACAAACGACCAAGAGCGCUUCCCCCAUUUUUGUAGUGAAUUAUCUUUUCUCCUUUAGAUUCUGUAUUGUUUAUUUUGAUGGCUUAGGUGUUUAUUGAGAUCGUAGCCUGUGAUGUUUGAGAUUGUCCGUACCAUCUGAGUUUAUCAUUGAUGAUUACCUCCACUUUCUGAGGCUUUAGAUCUGUUUCUUGUGCUGUAAUUGAUGUUUUCUGUUUUAUCUCGUUAGCUGGUUAAUACAAUGUUAGGAUGUUUUUGGUUUUGAGUUUUAGUAGGCGCUGAUGAUGAAACAAGAUUACCAUCAAACUUUGAGAGAUUCACUGCUCGUUGAUGCAUACUUCUUUUUAUAAUCUGAGCCUAAAGUUUGUUUUCAGUUCUUUGUUUGUUUUUUAUUUUAUUGGAUACGAAAGGCAACAAAUUAGAGUCUCUGAUUCACUUAAUUCAAUAGUGGAUACAGUGCUGUACGUUGCCGAAAUUGACAUGGCGAUAUUCUGGUACUUGGUCUAGUUUUGAUAGUUCCUUGUGCAUUCAAAAGCCCUUAUAUGUUUCAGACAAUUUAUUAUAAUUGAUUUUUUUUUCAUGUUAUUUUGUGGUUAGCUUAUGAAGGCAACAAUUUAGAGUCUCUGAUUUACUCAAUUCAAUAGUGAAUAAAGCGCUGUACGUUGCCGAAAUCGAUAUGGUGAUAUUCUGGUAGUUGGUCUAGUUUUGAUAGCUCCUUGUGCAUUCAAAAGCCCUUACAUGAUUUAAUCAGUUUAAGUUUUGGGAAGGCAACAAAUUAGAGUCUCUGAUUCACUUAUUCAAUAGUGGAUAAAGCGCUGUACGUUGCCAAUAAGUACUUGGUACAAAGAUCAUCCUAAUUGGCAAUCAUAUUUAUACGUAAGCCAAUAUGAUCGAUGUUCCUAUAUUGUUUCUGGCCAUGGUCUUGAUUUUGAACUAAUGUAUUUGAACUAAUUUAUUUGAAGGAACUGA